AUGAGAGAUACUAUGUCACAUAAGCAAGCUGACAUCUACACACAGGACUUCUGUGAUGGCGACCACCCAGCGGUGCUCCUGGAUGCCCUGAGACAUUUCUACAUUAGUGGCCUGUUUACAGACAUUGCUCUGCAAUGUGGCGAGUCCGGACAGGUGUUUCACUGCCACAAGGCUCUGCUGUCAGCCCGCAGCUCCUAUUUCAAAGUCAUGUUCACAGCUGACAUGAGGGAGAGGUCAAACAGCGUCAUCACGCUCACCGGGGUGGACUGCGGGGUCCUGGAUGCUCUGUUGAACUACGUGUACACGGCCCAUCUGUGCAUCACUCAGAGCAACGUGCAGAGCCUGCUGGAGGCUGCAGACCUGCUGCAGUUCAUUCCUGUGAAACAAGCUUGUGAGGAGUUUCUCGUUCGCCUCCUGGAUGUGGACAACUGCUUGGGGAUGCACGCUUUCGCUGAGCUGCACCUGUGCUCCGGCCUGGAGAGGGAGGCCCGCAGAGUGAUGCUGAGCAGGUUCACGGAGCUCAUUCAGCAGGAGGAGUUCCUCGAGCUGGAUCGUGGGAAGAUGAGAUCGGUUUUGGCUGCUCAGAACCUCACCGUGCAGAGGGAUGAAGUGUUGAUAGAUGCUGUAGCCAAAUGGGUGACCCAUGACUUGGAUAAUCGUGUUCACUGUUCUGCAGAGUUGCUGCGCUCCAUCCAUCUAGACCUUGAUGAGAUUUAUUUCAAGGCUACUUUAGAGGUGCACAGACAUCGCUUGCUGAGCAGUGAAGACGUUUUUAAAUCUAUGAUCGUUAAGGCUUUAAGGUCAAACGGCAAAGACGUGUCUGCAAGCAGAAAAAUGUCUUCCAGCAUGUAUAUCAUCGGCGGUUACUACUGGCACCCUCUUUGUGAGGUUCAUAUAUGGGAUCCUAUCAGCAAUACCUGGGUGCAAGGAAAAGACAUGCCUGAACACUCAAAAGAGAGCUACAGCGUCAGUUUACUUGGAGCAAAUAUCUAUGUGACUGGUGGGUACAGGACAAACACUGUUGAGGCUCUGGACACAGUUUCGGUUUAUAACUGUGACUAUGAUGAAUGGACCGAGGGCUGCCCCAUGAUCACAGCGAGAUACUACCAUUGCUCUGUGGCGUUGCACGGCUGUAUUUACGCCAUUGGAGGAUACAGAGGAGGAGCUCCAGAGCAAGACACAGAAUAUUAUGAUCCAUUGAAAAAGAAAUGGUCCCCUUUGGCCAAAAUGAUACAAGGUGUCGGAAAUGCCACUGCCUGCGUCAUGGGAGAUCAAAUCUAUGUGACCGGAGGUCACUAUGGGUACAGAGGAAACUGCACCUAUGAAAAAAUCCAAGUCUACAAGCCAGAUGUCAACGAGUGGAGCAUCAUUGCAAUAAGUCCCCAUCCAGAGUACGGGCUUUGUUCUGUGUCUCUCAACAACAAGCUGUAUUUGGUGGGUGGACAGACGACCGUCGCAGACUGCUACGACAUAGAGAGAGACGAGUGGAGAUCAAUAUCAGUGAUGAAGGAGAGGAGGAUGGAGUGCGGGGCGGUGGUGAUUAAUGGUUGUAUUUAUGUAACAGGGGGAUACUCCUACUCAAAAGGGACUUAUCUGCAGACCAUUGAGAAAUAUGACCCGGAGCUGGACUCUUGGGAGAUUGUGGGGAAUCUUCCAAGCCCAGCCAGAUCACAUGGAAGUGUUUGUGUUUACAGUGUUUAG